CCUUCCUGUCCUUCCAGGCUCCUCCUCCCUCCCCACCCCUUUAAUAGAUCCUUCAGUGGGCUCCCGCCACCUGCCAGGCUCACCCUUCAGGCUCACCAUGGCGUUCAUUGCCAAGUCAUUCUACGACCUCAGUGCUAUUAGCCUGGAUGGGGAGAAGAUAGAUUUUGAAACAUUCCGAGGCAGGGCAGUGCUGAUUGAAAAUGUAGCAUCGCUCUGAGGCACCACCACUCGGGACUACACCCAGCUCAACGAGCUGCAAUGCCGCUUUCCCAGGCGCCUGGUGGUUCUUGGCUUUCCUUGCAAUCAAUUCGGACAUCAGGAGAACUGUCAGAAUGAGGAGAUCCUGAACAGUCUCAAGUACGUCCGCCCUGGGGGUGGGUUCCAGCCCACCUUCACCCUGGCCCAGAAGUGUGAGGUGAAUGGUCAGAACGAGCAUCCUGUCUUCGCCUACCUGAAGGACAAGCUCCCUUACCCCUACGAUGACCCGUUUUCUCUCAUGACCGACCCCAAGUUCAUCAUUUGGAGCCCAGUGCGCCGCUCCGAUGUGGCCUGGAACUUCGAGAAGUUCCUCAUCGGGCCGGAGGGGGAGCCUUUCCGACGCUACAGCCGCACCUUUCAAACCGUCAACAUCGAGCCCGACAUCAAGCGCCUCCUCAAAGUUGCCAUAUAGACGCAGGCUGCUCAGCACACAGAUCUCCUACUCCACCCAGCCCCUGAGCCUCUCUCCUUAGGAUUCAGAGUGUCAUCAGGAGCCACCGCUGGACCUGAGCUUUCCCUUGAGAUCAUUCUCCUUCAUCGAAUGUCGGCCUGUUUCUCUCCCAACCUUCUGGUUGGUGACUCAACUUGGCCUCCGAGAUGUCGGCGGGCUCUGGGCCUUCACAGAAUGAUGGCACCGUCCUAAACCUGUAUGGGCGGGGUCUGAGGCAUGUGGAGAGCCCGGGCCAGCCUGCUAGCUGAGUCCAAUAAAGGGCAGGUGUGGAAAUGGCCA